AUGUUGUCACGAGGGCGUCAUGCGCGCCACGGGUAUGCAAAGUUGCAACUAAGGAAUGCAGCACAGCUCGCAGCAGCAAUUUUCCUGGCAACCCUUGCCACAUUUUUCAUUGCUGGCCAAGAGGCCCCCAUCGACUUCGUCAGUGCACGGUGGAUUGGCGGUCCUGUGGCGAGAAGUCCUGGAUCACGGACAGCUCGCAGAGCGGAGGAAUCGGAUGUGGAGGAGGAAGACGAAGCUCCAGACGUGGACUUGGACAAAGAUCCCAACUGGCUCAAGGUGAAGCAGGAAAUGGCUCGCAUCUGGGACAUGCGUUACGAGUCGGAAGACUGGCUCAUCGCGGACGAUGUGAAAGGAAUCAUGGACGAGCACCUGCAGACCAUCAUAGGCAAGAGCAACUACCUAGACAUGGAGGAGACCUUCGUGGAGGUGGCCGACGGGGAACCGAAGCCUGGCGAGAUCAGCAAGGAAGACUUUACUGAGAUUGCUGGCGCCUACGUCUAUGGCACCCUGUACACUGAGUGA